CUCCUUCCUGUCUCCGCCCUUGUGUUUUCGUCCAAUUCGCGAGCAGUGCGAGUUGUCGGAGAAGACAUCGCGAGGGAGGAAGGGAAAGAAAGAGGAAAAAGGAAAGGAGACAGUUAUCAGGGGAAAAGAAAGCAACAGCGACGAGUUCUAGUACGGCGAAAUCAUUGAAACGGUGUUCUCUGCGAAAUUGGUGAGCUCCAGCGAGCGAGCGAGGAAGAGGAAGAGACACGAGAGGAGUGCAAGUGGCGUAUCAAGAUGGCGCAUAAUUUGGCACCGAGCGUCAACUGCUCGCUCGACGACAUUGACCUGAACGCUUUGAAGGAGCCUGCUGGAAUCUUUGAGCUGAUCGAAGUAGUCGGCAAUGGAACGUACGGUCAAGUUUAUAAAGGUCGACACACUAAGACCGGUCAGCUGGCAGCCAUCAAGGUUAUGGACGUCACGGAGGAUGAAGAGGAAGAAAUCAAAUUGGAAAUAAAUGUACUCAAGCGGUACUCGAAUCAUAGGAAUAUAGCUACGUAUUACGGUGCCUUCGUAAAGAAGUCAUCACCUGGCAAGGACGAUCAAUUAUGGUUGGUUAUGGAAUAUUGCGGAGCUGGCUCCGUCACGGAUCUUGUCAAAUCGACCAAGGGCCAGAGCUUGAAAGAGGAGUGGAUAGCUUAUAUAUCGCGAGAAAUUCUGAGGGGACUUAGUUAUCUUCAUAGCAAUAAAGUUAUCCACAGGGAUAUCAAGGGACAAAAUGUUUUAUUGACUGAUAACGCGGAAGUCAAACUUGUUGAUUUCGGUGUUAGCGCACAACUAGACAGGACGAUAGGUAGAAGAAACACUUUUAUCGGCACACCUUACUGGAUGGCACCAGAAGUUAUUGCAUGCGACGAGAAUCCCGACGCUACUUAUGACAAUAGGAGCGAUCUUUGGUCGCUUGGAAUUACUGCUCUAGAAAUGGCUGAAUCACAACCACCGCUCUGUGAUCUACAUCCCAUGAGAGCUUUGUUUUUAAUUCCGCGUAAUCCACCGCCACGGCUCAAGUCUAAAAAGUGGGCCAAAAAGUUUCACGGAUUUAUUGAAACGGUGUUGGUGAAGGAUUAUCAUCAAAGACCUUAUACGGAACAGCUUCUUAAACAUCCGUUUAUACGGGACCAACCUACGGAGAGACAAGUCAGAAUACAACUUAAGGAUCACAUUGAUCGUUGUAAAAAGCGCAAACAGGAAAAAGAAAGAGAUGAUUAUCGAUACAGCGGGAGUGAGAACGAAGAAGAUGAACCGGCAUUAGCAGGCGAACCAUCGUCUAUAGUUCAAGCACCUGGAGGUGACACAUUGCGUCGUAAUUUCCAACAGAUUCAAGAAGGCAGAACUUUGAUGCAGGACGUACCCCCGCAAGCGCCCGCCGCUAAAGAAAAACCGGGAAGCAGAUCUCAGAGAGAGGUGCCAGAACCUGGACCACCUGCGAGACCUGCUAUACCACACAGACUCAUCGUGGUGCCCGAUCCGCAACCACCAUCUCGUCCAUUACCUCCGACACCCAGAGAUGAUCCUCGACAACCACACAAAGUAUCCACACCGCCUUCUAAUCAUCAGGCACCUGCUGGAGGAGGAGGAUCCGGCGGGCAGCCCGCGUCUCAAAGAAACAGUGUCUUCAAACCUAUGGUGAGUCUUUGCGAACAGACUUGCAUUGUUUGUAUCUCUUUAAUCCAGGUUUAGAACAAGGUUGGUAAAGUUUAGUAGGUGGAAAGAAUUAUGGUAAAAUUCUGGUUUUUACUGUUCCGCACUUUAUUUAAUGGAAUAAACUGGCGAUAAAACGAUAGAAAUGACUAGUUAUAACACUAAAAUACAUAAGUUUAUAUAAUUUUAUGUAAAAAAAAUAUUUUUGCUUUAAUUAAUAAAUUACACUAUAAUUUAAAGAGAAAUUUAACUAAUAAUAAUGAAUCGAUAAUAAUGGAAUCUUAUAAUAAUUUUAAAAAAAUUUUUAAUUAAUUUUAAUUUUAAUUCAAACAUGUCUUUUAAACAAAAACAUUUAGAGAUAUCAAUGUUAGAGGUGAAGGUGGCAUUAUGUACAUUCAUAUUAUCUCUAUUAUUAUGUGAUAAAUUCUUAUAAAAACAUUUGUUUAGUAGUUCAUCGUCUAUCAUUAUGUAGCGCUAAUAUGCUAAUACACAAUAGUUACAAUUGUUAUGGGACAUUUUUAAUUUUUAGUAUUUUAGAACUUUUUCCAGAUACAUUUACAUUUAAUUAUACAUACUUCUUUAUUGUUUUGAAAUUUGAGCGCAUUAUCACAUGAAUGUAUGUACGCUGAAGUGUUUUUUUAUUUAAUUUUUUAUUUGGCUAUAUACAUUUCGAGUUAUGCAAGGUUAUUCAAUAGCACUUUGUUUAUGUAAACAUAGAAACGUGCUGGUAAUAUGGAUACUAUCGAGAUUUUUAUAGCGAAAUAAAUCUUCAAUAAAUUGAUUGCCAUUCUACAGGGUGCGUUCAGAAACAUUAGAGAUAUUAUUUUAUCCUUAUUUAACGUUAAACAACUAUAAAAUGGUAUCUUUAAUAUUUCUGAACGUAGAAAAAAUUACGGAAAACUAAAAAUAUAUAAUUUUGUAACAAAAUAUUGUGCUUUUUAAACAAUAUUAAUGUUUUAAAUUUAUUUUUGUGAUUACUAUUUUUGUUCUUCUUUGUUCCAUAAAUCACGUCCUAAGUAAUAAAUAUUUUAUAACUUUGAGUCUAGAAUAUAUUAAAAAACAUUUUGAUGAAUAUAAUCGUUAAGUUUAUAAAAUAUUGAUGAUUAAUAAAGUGUGUUAUUGAUUAAAAUGUAAACGAACACCAUAAUACCACCU